AUGGAAGUUCCGCUCAUUUCAGCGUGCCGCGACGUUGAGAAUAUUCGAAAUAUGCUCGAGAACUUAGAGAACAACUUGGAAAAUGAAUAUUGCACGAAGACGGUAGACUCGGCGCGGUUUAAAGCUCUCACAAGGGAGAACAGGGGACUCGUCGAAGAAUUGAAACAGUGGAAAAAGAAAUUCGAACAGGAGCAAAAGGCAAAAGAAACACUUGUGGAGAAAGUACGCGUACUCGAAGCAAAGUUGAAUGAGAGCGAGAAGAAAAGACAACUUCCAAUGACGGACGACAAUCAAAACCAAGCGUGCGUAUGUCAAUUACCUGCUGAAAAUGAGGCCGAAGAGACGUUUGUUGAGCCACCGCCGCUUCCCGAAAAACGACUGAGAAAGCAAUCGAGCUUCAUUAGGCCGCACAAACCCAAUCCGCCUUUAUUUGAUGAGAGCUGUGUCACUGUAUCUUCAGCAAUGAAAGACGCGGGACUUGACGAGUCGAUCAUGACGCUUCCGCCAGAGAUGACCAUUAUCAGCGACGACAAUGAAGCAUCGUCGGAACAGAGUAUCAUGAUCAAUGAACUGGUUGCAGCGGAAAAGCCGUCUACGCAGAGAGUCUCGAAGGCGAUCCAGCGAAGUCUGAAUCAACUCUCCAACUCCGUCAACGACGAAGACUUCGACCAGCUCGAGUCUAUCCCGAUCCCCAUCCCUCGCCUCAACCUCGAUGGACUCAUCGUCAAAAAGCGCCGCGACGUGAACUGGGAUCACAAAAAUACAACUGAAGACACUCCACCGAAGAAAAGAAAAGUCGCUGUCGGAAAAACCUUUGACUUUUGA